ACCUUCGCACCGUGUGGCAACCGUUUAACUCUGUCGUCACGCUGCUGGUUGAGGAUGUCAACAAUCAUGGAUCAGUUGCGCAUUCACUGCGCAACGAGGGACAACACGAGUAUUCUUACCACAUCGUUGUGUUUGCUUCUAAUCCCUUUUUACUAUUAAUAUCACGUCAGAAGAAGCGAGGCUCUGGCCUGUUGGCAACCACUUUCCGGAAGACAGCUGGCAUAGAAUCGAGUUGCGCAGCCUCUAUAACUGCCCUUCAUAAGCGUGACUGGGCCCAACGGAGUGCUCUUUCGUUCAUCCUCGUUUCCUUUGGAUCGUACUUCUAAAGCUUAUCGAUCAUGUACGGCCAAAAUGUACGGCGAAAUGAAGAAGCCAUUGUGGUGUAUUUAACGCAACACGAUUCCAUCCCACCAUGCCCUCCCGAGCUGAGACCCCAUAUGUCCGAAGGGGAUUGGUCAUAUCGCCUAUCAACCGUAAACCGGCUGGUCAAGCGGUACUCUAAGCCGAGGUUCGAGAAAGCUUGGUUCGGCUUGGGCCUCUUGGCUACUUUCAUUGCGCCUAUCAUUAUAUAUCAUUACCUUUUCAGCGUCGUCACCGUGAACGAGAACAGCACCCUCACCACGAAAGUAGUCGAGUUGCACCUCAUCGGAUUUGGUAUUUUCGUCGCAGUAUGCUUCCUGUUCUGGACACCUCUCGCAAUCUGGAAGGGUGUUGGUGCACUCAAAGUUCGCAAGGUGAUCGAGGGGUUUCAACGCGAGGAUGCAGCAAGGCAAUCUAGUCAGGCGGCACGUUUUCAUUGGAAGGUGCACCUUCCUGGGAUCUUCGGGACUCAGGCUAGCGUGAGCAUCACUUUGCCCACCGCACAGCCCUUCACAUCUUUCGACCCGAAUGGCCAAUUACCACCUUACAUCGCAGCUUAUCCAGCUCCCGCGUACAUGGACGCUGAGGACAGGAAAGACAAUGUUGUUCUGUACCAUGGCGCCUCCCUGGACAUUAAAGACCCUCUCCAAUUCGACGGGGAACAGACAUCAGUGCCCAGACAUUUUGACGAAAUCGAUCUUGGACACAGGGUUUGAAGGUGCAUACCACAAUGCCAAGCUCUUCGGACUCUUUAGUAGAGACACGGCUAGACUUGCGAAUAGCGUAACUUCCUGGAGAAGUUGAAGUGAAUGACAUUGCUUACGUGCAAAACACGGGGUUUGACCUCUUUGAGCACAUCAAUCAGCCUCUUCUCUGACGAGACCCAAAUCGUCCGGUUUCCGCACAGCUUUCUCAACCUCUUCCACAAACAACCUCAUCAGUUCCAUGUCGUCUGCAUCCAUGUAUUCUCCGUUAUCCAGCUGAACUAGAUCCGGACCACCUGUCGACACCCCCAACACUACUUUAAGCGCUCUCUCUCGUGCAUAUGACGACAAAGAAUCCAAAGAGCGGAGAAUAAGCGGCAAUCGUGGGUCAUCGCGUAGCAUAGAGCGAAUCUUCGGAGACGUGGCAAUGACGAGAUAUUGAGAAUUUUUCAGCGGCUUCGGGUCAUCGCGUGUCAAAGGAUCAAUAAACAUCGACGUUUCCGGUUCUGGAGGCCAGCGAAGGCUUGACAGUGGGCGGAGCGUGGCUCGCUGAUCAGUCACACCUUCGCAAUUUGAAGGUGGUUCAAUUGGAGGCAACGUCUUCUCCGGUACCGAUGAAGAAGUGGCAGAUCCGCCGCAUGAUGUCUCCUUAUGUUGUUUGUAACAAGCUACGGAGCAGUAUAGCACUUGACAAGCAGAGCACUUGUACUUGAACUCAGCGGUUUCACA